AAAUCAAUACUUCAAUUUUGUUUGUGUCAUGUCAGAAAAGUCACAAAAUAAGGAUAUCUGCAGCUUGCAGGUUGAUCAUCUUUAUUCCGCGUUAAAAUUGCUAAAAAAAUCAUCAAUGUGAAUUUGGAAACAUUCCAAAACGCAUUUGUUUACACACACGAGAGUAUUUAUUCCUUAUUCGUGCCAGUUUCUUUGUUCGCGGCGUUAUUUCGGGUCGAUAUCGCCUCGACUCAUUUCAAUUCGUAUGUCGGUAGACAAAGAUUUGUACUUUUAAUUAAAAUGGGGUCUUUGCAAGUCGAUAGUGAUUCCAGCUUGCAUAAUGACAGCGGGCUCGGUCAAGAUGAGUCUAUGAGGAAGCUAUCGGAGAAUGGCACCAAUCCACAUAUACUGGACUUGUCUGAUGAUGUUUUGCUGUACAUCCUGAGAUAUUGCACACCGAGGGACCUGAAAUCUUUAGCUUACACGUGCACGCGUCUUGGAGCUCUGGUGUUGGACAGGACAUUGUGGGAGCGUGUGGACGCCCGGUCGGAACCUGUAGGGCCGCAGCGGCUGCAUUGGUUCCUGUCGUAUGGCUUAUCAUCGACUACUAGCGAGUUGUUGCUGUCCGGGUUCGCGAGAGAAGCGGAAGGAUGUUUGGGUCAUAUGAAAUGCCAGUUCAAGGACGUAGAAAAAGAAGUAACCGAGAAGAAGGAAGAUUUGGGGCAAUGGUCAGGUGGCGAAUUCACCUAUGACCCCGCAACAAGGCGUGGCAAUAUCCGGGGAGGUCCCGUCAUACAGAUAUACGAGACCAUGCCCAGCUUUAUAGAUGCCGCCUACGGUCCGCCGCGUCCCGACGACGCCACUUCCGUGGCUGUUCUCAUCUCUUCUGGUCGUAGCCAAAACAUUUACAUUAGGGCUACUUGCUUCCCCCUCUCGGACGCGUUCGGGCCGGACAUCGUUCCCGAGUGGGCGCCUCCGGAUUCCUCCUGCCCUGGCCCGCAGUUCACUCUCACUCCGAGCCUGUUAAAAAGUCUGGUGGCGAGGUGCCCGAUCAUAACUUCACUCGGGCUCGAGUAUUGCAAUAUAGAUUGUACCACGAGGAACAUCAGUCAUUUCCCUCGCACUCUAAAGAAGUUGUCCCUCCGUGGGUCCAAAUGUUACAACCAACCUCUAGACAAGUCGUUCCUGUUCAAGAUACAAGACUACCUCACGGACUUGGAGGAGUUGAACAUCUCUGAGUGCGAGUGGAUCGAGCCCUCCGCCCUGCUGCCUCUGAGCAAGCUGCCAGCUCUCCGGAGGCUGUACAUGCGCCGCUGCUUCAAGAUGACUGAAUGCGUCGCGUAUUCAUCUCUUGCGACGCGCUACGGAUUCAAGCAAUUGCAGGUGAUAGACUUACGCGAGUCGCCUGUGGGUGACUCCGAGGUGUCCUCGUUCGGCUGGGUGUCGUCCCUCGAGGAGUUGUACGUGUCGCCGGCGCUCCACGUUCCCCAUGUGGUGCACCACGCGCAUUACAUAGGCGAUGAGCUGCCGGAGUACAUUGAAUUGGAUCCGUGGGAGGAGAAGGAACCGGAAUAUUUCAAGAACAAACAGCAGAAUCUAAAUCCAGAUGCGGAAGACAUGGAUUGCGAAGGGUCUGGUACCCUCAAACGCAAGAUGGAGACCACGGUCGCCGGUACAUGGGAUGCGAGGAAUACCGAAGAGGUGACUGCUAAGAAGUCAAAGCUUAACGCUGUCAAUGAAGGCGCUAGUACUUCAAAAUGGACUCCGUCAGAGGAGCCUCCACCGUUGACGUAUUUCAAAGGCAAAUCGCCUGAGCCGAGCACUUCGGAGAAGGUAGAUGCCGAGGAGACUACAAAAUCAAAUGACACUGCAGAGUCUGCGUUGGAAACUGAGACUACAAAAUCGGCCGACGCUACAGAAUCGGGCCCGGAGUCCCCCGCAGGCCCGUCUGAUUCUGAAGAACCGCCUAAUGACUCCAAUAAGAAGAAACCAAAAAAACUCAGGAACGGCGACUUACCAAAACCAAGUACUUCACGGCAGCCGCCUGAAUUUGGCAAGUUGAGUUUCCAAAGAUACAUACGUUUUCGUGAGAAUCAAAACUCGGGAGCUAACGAGAACGUGAACCACGAGCCGAUACACAAAGUCUUGUACGUGAACGUCGGGAGACGUCUACACACUAUGUACAGGCUAUCGAUGCCUGUGUACGCUUUCGGAGAGCAUGAAGUCAUGGGCGAGAACGCGAGGCGUUUCGACGGGCCGUUCGCGACCACCAGGCCUGACCCCAGGUCCCUGAUAUCAGAUACUACGGUCCAGCGAUUUGGAAGAGCUGACAAUGAAAAUAUAAGCUAUAUAAAUAUCGGUCCAAACGGAAUCGAACAUGAGGCGGGCGGCGCCAGGCCUGACAGGUCGAACCUACGUGUACUAUCUUUAACCGGUUUUAGGAACAUCACCAAUAGAAGUCUAGUGCAUCUAGCCACAGCAGCUCCGCGGCUGAGGAGGGUAGACUUUAGUGGCACUCACGUUACAGAAAGAGGUGUGGAGAAUUUCCGCCUACUCAGGCCUGAUUGUGAGGUCAUUUUUACAAAUAGGAGCCAGGAACGUCAAUAGACGUCGCGUGUCGUUCUCUACGUUAUAUCACGUCGUAAGUGUGUGCACACAUAAAUCAUAAAAUGAUUGAAAUUAUCUCGAGUCCUAAUACGGGUGUUGGAUUUUAUUUAUUGUAAAAACGACGUGAGUAAGUUUUUCAGACGGCACGAAACAUCACAAUGUACCUAUGUUAAGUGGAAAACUGCAAGUACGGGACAAAUAUUCCCCACCGCAUUUUAACACUUAUCGAUUGAUUUUAAGGUUCUUUUUUCUUUAUAAGUAUAUAAUUAAAUCGGCAUCCCUAUUAGGACAUUUUUCGGUCUAAAUUGGAAUAUUGUCUUACUAAUGGACGUCAUAAUACGUCUAUAUGUUUUCCAUAAGACGUUUGACGUCUGGGAAAUAAUUAUAUCAAGAAUUAGCAAGGUUUAACUUAGACAAUGGCCAUACCAGAAUGGAAGCAUAUUUUAUUUAAUAAUGGAGGCUACAAUUACAUUUUAUCAGUCUUACUUAUAAACUUGUUUUAGCGUUAAGAGGUGGUUAAGAAUUGCUUAACCACCUCUAAACGGCUAGCGAAGCUGUCCUUUAAUUAGAAAGCCCGUAAUUGCAAAAAGGCGGAUAUACCGCCAUAGACGGAAUAGGCCCCGUGAUCUUAAAAAACACAGUUUUAUUCAAUUUAAAGUAUUAGUUUCGCGUUCCAUUCAGGCAUGGUCAUUGUCAAACUAACAGGCCAUUUUGAAUAUUUUUUUGAAUCUCGAACAUUCUAUCUCCCCAACCCUAAGGGUCUAUCCAAAAUAGUUCAGUUACUUUUGCAUUUUUGACCCGUCCAAAAACUCCCAUGUUUUCUAUUGUAUUCAAUUUCGUCAACGUCAUGGUACGUCUAUGUUUAAGGAACUGAGUUCGACGUGUCAAGACGUCGUUUGUUAAGCUUUAUAGUACAGAGUGUUGCGGCGAGGGUUCGUAUUUGUUAAUGAACAGUUCUGUUGUUAUUUUGUAGAAAAAAAUGUUUUUUUCUGCAUUUUUCUGUUUUUUUGCAGAUAGUUAUAGCUUGGUCUUUUGGUUUUUUUGUUGUGUAAGACAAAACUAAUUAUUAAAAAAAAAUGUUUAAAUAGCGCAAAAAGAAAACAAAAUUUUGGUUAUUAUAUUACUGUAUUUUUUAUUAUUAUUGCAGAUUAUAUAUAUCCAAUCAAAAAUAAUCUAGUGUGACAUUGACUGGCACUUUGAUGAAAUUCAAAAAUAUCGCAUUGUAUAUAGUUCAUUGUGUUUUUUUUUUUAUUAUCUUUAGAAAUAAACUUCGCUUUGUAGCAACCGUAUGCUGUCAGGCGAGCUUGCCUCGUCGCUAUUCAUUUAAUUGUAAAUAAAUUUGGUUAUUGAAAUAUAAAGUAUUUUAGAGGGGACGUAGGUUGUGGCAUGAUAGUUUUAUUUUAAUGUCGAAUGCGCGUAAACAUGAGACAUAUGAAUUUAGUAGAUAAAAAUAUUUGUGACAAUUUUUAAUACCUACAUGGUUUUUUUUGUAUCAUUCAGUUGGAGAGCGAGGUCUUGGGGUUGUCAAGAUAGUGUUAUUUCAAUGUCUAAUUCGCGUAAGCAUUGUAAAUUUAGUUGAUUUUAUGAAAAUUUUGAUAGCUACAAUAUUUUUUUUGUAUCAUUCAGUUUCAUAAAGUAGUUUACGUUCAUAAAAGUAUUGUAGUCAAUUUUGAUUUCGAUUUGAAAUGACUAGUUCUGUUAUACUAUUGGACCGACUUUCCGCAACAUUCUGUACAUCUAGCGGAUUUUCCGUUGAUCUCUUCUUUGCAAGUAGUUUAAGUAAUGUAUUAGAGAUGAAAUUGUUUCCCAAAAUUGAAAAUCUAAAAAUUUCCGCUUCCGAAAAAUAGGCUUUAUUAUUCUGAGUAUUAAGACUAAGUUUCAAUGUCUCUUAGUUUUGCAUUUGAAGUAUUGCUAUUUUUCUGUCUUAAAUAUUAAAAUAUAACCUCCCAGUUUUUAUUUCAUAUUUCGAAGAUGUUUCUGAAAGUGUUCUAUGCUAAUAGUAAACUAGCUUUUGCUCGCGGCUUCGACCGCGUAAAGGAGUUUUCCGGGAUAAAAGUCCCGCUAUAUAUUUUCCCGGGAUAGAAAGUAGCAUAUAACCUUCCCAGGGUCUUAAACUAUCUCCAUACCAAAUUUCAUAAAAAUCCGUUACAUUUUGAGAAAAUCGAUAACAUACAGACAGAAAAGAGGACUUUGUUUUAUAUGCAUAAAUAUGCCUGAAAAAUUACGAUUAUAUUUUUAUGGUCUAUAAAUAUGACGUCAUUAUACGUCGAAGAAUGGGGCAGUUGACUUCUUUUUGAAAUACAUUAAUCAAAAAUGUAUGUCAUCCAAAAUCUAACGGAAAAAGGAUUUUUAAAAUCCACGCAAUAAGUUAUAAAUCUUUGAAAUCUGGUGGAAGGGGUUGCUGUUAAAUAAUAGUAGUAACAGACUGUGACGUCACCGACUGUCACCGCUCAUAACGCUGCGUGUGUAAGAAAGAGAUAGCGCGAUAACCCCAUCACGCCUCCACUUUUGCUAACAUUAAAAAUAUGAAUAACUGCUUUCAUUUUUAACAAGUUUUGAUGCAAAUUUCACAGAAUUUCUUUUUCACAUUAUUUUCUUUUACAUAUAAAAUUAUGUACAAAAGAAUGGAGGAAACUGUUCUCUUCCUAUAAAAUAAUGGCAUCAGUACCGUCUAUAUACGUCAAUGCCUCUUCAUACCAUUUUAAAGUUUAUUUCUACCACAGACAGUUGAAUUUCAAUUUUGGGAAACAGUUUUACAUUAAUCCAAAGUAUUUUUAAGUACAAUGAAUAAAGUUUUUGCCUAUGAGUGUAAUUAA